CCAGAAACCAUAAAUAAUGAAAAUAAAAAUUUAGAACGAAAAUAUCCACUCUCGAUUGAGGAGUUUUGUGAUUAAAAAAUACGUUAUAAAAACGCUUUCGAAAUUUUAAAGUAAAGAUGAAAGUUAGAAUUGAGAAUAACAUUAUGUUUGCACAAUAAGUUUCAUUAUUAUUAUUCAAAAAUAGUGGCUAUAAAAGCAUACAAUGUUGGGCCGUUGUGUUAGUAUACAAGGCUCCAGCGACGACAUGGCAGCGGUCUUGGGUACUGAUUUUAUAAAGAUAUACACCGAUUGGGCCAACUAUUAUCUCGAACGUGCCAAAUCUAAAAAGAGAGUUACAGAUUUAUCUAUUGAUUGUCGUGAUGGUGUACUACUUGCGGAAGUUAUUGAUGCGGUGACGUCAUUUAAGGUGCCCGAUUUGGUGAAGAAGCCAAAAAAUCAGCAACAAAUG